CUGCGGCCUGCGCUGCGCGAUCGAUAACAAUUCGUAGAUAAAGAUUCAGUUUGCGAGGUCAUAGACGUUGGUGAGCCGCAAGGUUGGAAAGUGCGCUUUGUAAAAUUAUUUAAAAUUUGUAAAAAUGGAUACUUCGGGCGCCUAUGGUGGUGGAAAGGCUGGAGGUGCCUUCGAUCCUCAAGCUUUUGUCCAAAAGCCCACUGUAAUCGUCAGGGCGGUGUGUUGGCUAUUCAGUGUGAUUGUGAUGGGCUGUAUAUCAGCCAAGGGCUGGUAUGUCAGCAAAGCAGACAAUCUGGAGUACUGUGUCUACAACAAUGACACGAAUGCUUGCAACUAUGGAGUUGGAAUCUCUGUGAUAGCAUUUAUUGCAUCUGUGUUUUUCAUAGCUGGAGAAUAUCUGUUUGAGCAGAUGUCCUCUGUGAAAACCAGGAAGCAUUAUGUACUGGCUGAUAUGGGCUUCUCAGCGUUCUGGGCAUUCCUGUACUUCGUCGGCUUCUGCUAUCUAUCCAACGCCUGGGGAAAGACCGAAAGCCCGCCAGUAGGAACCGCCAACAACAUGCAGGGUGCUAUCGCCUUUUGCUUCUUUUCUAUUUUCGCCUGGGUGGCCUGCGCGUUCUUCGCGUUCCAACGGUUCCGUAUGGGUGCGGACGCUGCGUUCGCGCCAGCUUAUGAGGUGGAGGGCGCGGUGGGCAGCCCGGGUUCAUUCCCCACAUACCCGGGCGCGCCCGACCCGCAGCCCGCCUACAGCGACCCGCCGUUCUCGCACCAGCAGACCGGUAACGUCGACUACACAGCCCCAACCUACUAAAGAGUAUUGCAAGUCGUAUGAUUCAUCCGAUUCGCCAUCUUCUUUUAUGUAUAUUUUUUGUCAUUUUAAAAUCAGUAUUGAAACACACUGUUAAUUAGAUCUCGAAAAACAGUCAAACUGAUAUCUUUAAUUUUAUAAUGUUGUGUUGAAUUUAAGUGAUUUUAAAUAUAGAUCUUUAUUUUUGUUAUUUUGUGGUUGUUCUAUUUAUUAUUUUUCAUAUGUUUAAAAUUUUAAUUAAUUAAGAAUUAUAUAAUAUCAAGAAAGGUUAUUUUUUCUCCGAAUUUUCAGUUAUGAAUAAAGUCGUUUAGUUCAUUAGGUGGUUUGUUAAAAAAAAUUGCAAAAAUCAACUAAUAUUAUAAAUAUAGUUACCUACCGGUAAUUUAUUUGCAAAUAUUUUAUAAUUUAACAAUCUUUAUUAUAUGGUAAAUUAGUAAUAAUAUAAUAGACACCAUUUUAAUUUUAUACGAAAAGAAACACUAGUCUCAUGCUUUCUUUGUCUUUAUCUUCGAGAUAGACAGAGAAAGCAUUAAAUUUGUUUAGCUAUGUUUUAAAUUAAAGAUUUUUAAAUUUAUUAUUUGAUUAAAACAUAGGUGAGGGGUCAUAACUAAAUUACGUUAUGUAAUUACAUGUAUAGAACGGGUCAGUCACAUAUUAUGACAUUCUAUGAAAAGGGGUUCAUCACAUUAUUUUAGUGUAUAUGACCCCUAUAGUGUCAAACAUAUUAUGUGACUUCACGUCAGUCAUGAGACGUAUUUUAUUUAGGGCUCCUAAUAGUAAAUAGUUACCAUGUAUGGCUUCACAGUACCUGCUUUGGGUAAAUGUAUAUUCGACAAUAUCCCCCUAUAGUGUUGUAUUAUAAAUCCUAUAAAUGUAAAUAAGAACAUGGAUGUUUUCAAUGUUAUAUUUAGAUACGGAUGUCGGGAAUAUAUUUGAGAUAUUCGUUUGAGUUAUUGUUGUACAAUAUCAAACGGUGUUCCGGAAAUUUUACAUUGACAGAAUCGUCUUGGAUGAGAAUGAAAUAAUGCAUGGAAUAUAACAAUAUAAUAUAUAAUAAGAAUAUAUUUAAACUUAAAAAACAUACAUAGUUUACAUAGUUUCUGUCAUCCCUAAAUAUGUAUAAUAAGUUUUGUAAAUUAACGAAUAUCCCAAAAUAUUCUCGAAUUGUCUAGCAAAUUGUGUAAUCGGAGAACCAACGAAUAGCUGGAAAAUAUUGUAUUAAAUGUAUUCACAAGCACAUUUAAUAUAUAAUUUAAUAACUAUGUAUCGCUUAUUAAAUAAUAAAUAAAUAAUUUCAAGAAGCCUCAUAUGAAUGUUUAUAAUAAUAGUUACCGACAAGACAUUUAACAAUGGUAAAAUGUUGCAAUAUAAAUUAUUAACACUGGUAUUUUAAAUUAAGAAUAUUUUUAUUUGUUUUUUUUUUCUCAUCGUGCCAUUGUCACACUAUUAGAUGUACACGAUCACUGUUGCCAUACCUCAUAUUAUAAUAAGAUAGAUAUAAGAAUACAUCUCGAUUAAAUUGUUGUUGCUAAAAUAUUAAUUUUCGCAGUAUUUAUCCUAUGGCUAUGACUAUAUGAAGAAUUCAGCCUAGUCAUUUGAAAGCCAAUGUUUCAAAGUUCAUGUUAUUACAAAGAACAUUUAUCUUCUGUCAUUCAUAACAUGAUGGAAGGUAUACAGUACGCGUCACGUAAAAAGAACGCUGGAUGAAAGUGAUGGGGUGUGUUUGCGCAUGGAUCGAGUUUUGCACGUAAGCUAUGUGCCGAUUAUUUUAUUUUUGAACUAGGCUCGCGAAUCGUGGCUUCUCAACUACCUAUUUGUUAUUCUUAUACCAACCACCUCAUAACACCAAAUAGACCGAUAAAUCGCCAAUGCGCAGCUUAACCCUCAGCGUUCUUUUUACUUGACGCGACCUGUACCUAGAAUGUGUCUUGUCUUUAUAACAUUGCGUGAAAAUUGAAAAAUUGGUAGUUAUGCUAAUAGUCGUAAAUUUAAAUAAAAUAAAAUUUUAUAGUAAUCGUUGAAUGGCAUAUCGAAUAAGCUUAAAUAUAUCUACUCGAAUUUGAAGUUGUCUUUCAAUACAUAUAAUAUCAAGGAAUAAUUGCAAAUUGAAAUAUAUUAUAAUUUAAUUUUGUUUUAAAUAUAUUAAAUAACAAAAUCUUACUUCAUCAUUACAAUAUGAAUGUAUUAAAAUGUGCAUUUCAAACGUUAUAUUUGUAUUAUUACGAUCUGAAUAAUAGAAAUUUUCCCAGUUUCAUUUAUUGAUUUUAUAUCUUGAAAACAGUGUAAGUUUACGACUUAAAAUAUUUAACUUGUAUCCUAAGAAAUGUAGUGUAAAAGGUUUAUUCUAGCGAAGUAAGUAUAAUGUUGCAAGGUCUAAAAUUUAAGUACAAAGCUUAAAUCGUUGUGGUGGUGUGCGUAAAUAGACAAUGUUGGUGUUGCCAGCUUAUAUCGAUGUUAACUUGGAUUAUCUGUAAAUCUCCUGUGAAAAAUAUGUUUUACUGGCCUAUAGAACGUCUUUUUAUUUUAUGAACACUAAAAGGUUCUAUAGCUAUUUGUUAUAUUUUUAUAAAAAUAGACGGCAGUUGUUUUCACUUCCAUAGCUUGCACUGUUAUUCGUAAAAACUUUAGCAAUAAAGUAUUUAUUAUAUUGUUUAAGGAAUAUCCAAAGAUGAAGGAUUUGAUGCAAUACGAAUUCAAAUUUGGCUCUGUACUAGCAAAUACAUUUUUCGUAUCGUAAUCAUUUCCCACUCUGUAGGAAAGAAUCUUGUUAAUAUUAUUGUUAUUAUUUAAAUUUGAGUAGUAUAUCAUAUCAGUCGUGUAUUUAGAGUGUAACCAGCUUCUAGGUGUAAAAUAACAGUAUUAAUAAUAUUAUUUGUUUAUAUAAUUUAGUGUAAUUUUAGUGAAAUUUGACAUGAAACAUAUGCAAUAUGGCCAUAUAUAUUUUUAAUAUAUUAUUUUUUCAAUUCGCAGAGUUAAGUAGGUACCUACAUAGACGUAUAUCGUAGUAGCUCUAAUAUUUUAGAAACUGUUCUGGUGAUAAAUAAAAAAAACAAAAAAAAUAAAUGUUGAAUCUAAUGCUAACAGUUUUUAGCGAAAGGGCUGUCUGUACAGGUACAAAUACGAUGAAAAAUGUCACAAUAUAUUGUAUGAAGAACAAAGCUUGUGUUUCAUGCAUUUUGUAACGGAAUAUAUCUAGAUGCGAAUUAGCCUUAGGCAAGAAGUGUGGAAACAUAAAUACAAUUGUGUUAUAAAAAAGUGGUCAAAUGUUGCCCUACUAAAACUGCGUACGCUGAAAAACUAACGCGCAUUGUCAUUAUUCAUGCAUGUGAUUUUUAUCACUCGUAUUUAUCGUAUCUGUAUACACCCUUAUAUUUAUGGCGUAAAACUUAGUAACGAGCUGUUAAUUGUACUUAAAUAUCCGACUGUUCACUCGUGUGUGUAUGGCUUAAAACUAUUAACAUGUAUAGUUACCACAGGAACCUAUGGUUCUGUGUUGGAGAGAUUUCAAGUCAUCCUCUAAGUACGUUACAAAUGUAACCAAAGUUAUUUUUAUUAGUAGAAAUUGUAACCUGCGAAAUAUAAUUAUUACUUUGGAAUGAGGCAAUAAACGUCUAGAAUUAUUAUAGAAACCAAUCAUACAUGAAAUACGGAAUAAUGUGCUUUAUUUUUUGAGUUCAUUAUUGAAUUUAAUUUUAAGACGCACAAUAAGUACCUAUGAUUGUAAAGAGAAGUAAUAAUUAUAUUACGGAGCUUAUAAAUCUGUUGUAUAUCGCAUUCCGUUAUAUUAUGUAAAUGUAAAUGGAAAAUGGAAAUAAAUUGAUUAUAGGUAUUGUCA